AUGGAGAUCGGAUCGUGGAGUUUGGCUUGUGAAAGAAGGGGGCUCGUACAUAGCUACAUAAAAGUUUGGUCUUUCUCUCACUCACUGAACAUCAAUAUUUCACUCAGCCAACACCACCACCACCACCAACAAUACCACAUCUCACCAACGCAACAAACACAACAAUACAACAACACACUCACGCCCAAAAUGUCCCCCUCCAUCCUCGUAGUCCUCACCUCCCACGCCGACCUGGCCGACACAGGCAAAAAAACAGGCUGGUACCUCUCCGAAUUCUCCCACCCCCACCACGUUUUUGCGUCUUCCUCCCCUCCCCCCAAAAUCACCGUCGCCUCCCCCCGCGGCGGCGCCGCUCCCCUGGACCAGUCCUCCAUCGAAGCCGCCAAAGACGAUGAGAUCUCUGUUGAGUUCUUGCACAAGCAAUCCGCCCUCUGGGAGGCCACCACUCCCCUUUCCCAGAUCCUUCAACAAGGCAUCGACAGCUACGACGCCCUCUUCUUCCCCGGCGGCCACGGCCCCAUGUUUGAUCUCGCCGGCGAUAAGGAAUCGCAAGAGAUUGUAAAGAGGUUUUGGGAGGCGGGCAAGAUCGUCAGCGCUGUUUGCCAUGGACCUGCCGCGUUGGUGAAUGUCAAGUUGAGCAAUGGGGAUUACCUCCUCAAGGGGAAGAAGGUGACCGCUUUUAGCAAUUCCGAGGAGGACGGCGUUGGACUUUCGGAGAAGAUGCCUUUCAUGCUGGAGACCAGGAUCAAGGAGGUGGGCGCGGAGUACGAAAAGGCUGGCCAGGACUGGGGGGAGAAGCUCGUUGUUGAUGGGAAGCUCAUCACGGGGCAGAACCCUGCAAGUGCAAAGGCGGUUGGAGAGGCUAUUCUGAAGGUUAUUUAG